AACACACACGCGCACAAAGAAGGCUUGUUGGCCAAGACGCUUUUAAUUUCUCAAGUCACUCAACUUCGAUCCGAUUCUUUCUCUGACGCCGGAGAAAAAAGCAAAUAGGAAUCGACGAGAGAGGAAUCGGAGUCUGAGGUAAAUAGAUCUGAAAGCAGAGAGCGGAAAGAUGGAGUGCGUAUUUGGUCUAGUCGGUAAUGGAUUCGCCAUCGUUGCGGCGGAUACAUCGGCGGUUCACAGUAUCCUUCUCCACAAAAACAAUGAGGACAAGAUCAUGGUCCUUGACCCCCACAAGCUUGUCGCUGCAAGCGGCGAGCCAGGAGACCGGGUUCAGUUCACGGAAUACGUUCAGAAGAAUGUGUCGUUGUACAAGUUCCGUAAUGGAAUCCCUUUGACUACCGCCGCCGCCGCGAACUUCACUCGCGGAGAGCUAGCCACAGCUUUGAGGAAGAAUCCGUAUUCAGUGAAUAUCCUGAUGGCUGGCUACGACAAUGAGAGCGGCGCAUCCCUUUACUACAUCGACUACAUCGCAACCCUUCACAAAGUUGACAAGGGAGCUUUCGGUUACGGCUCCUACUUCUCCCUCUCCACGAUGGACAGGCACUACCGCAGCGACAUGUCCGUAGAAGAAGCCAUUGAACUGGUCGACAAAUGCAUACUUGAGAUCCGGUCAAGACUUGUUGUCGCGCCACCGAACUUUGUGAUCAAGAUUGUUGACAAAGACGGAGCUCGCACUUACGCUCAGCGCCAGUCCGUACAGGACGUCACAACUGCUGCUGUUUGAGUUUAGGGUUUGUGUUUGGUUCCAGAAGUUUAACGUUAACUCAGCUUUUGUGACGUUUGCUUUUAUUUGGAGUUUGUGUUCUUGACAAUUUUCUUAGUUUGAGCAAUGAGCAUCAAGCAGAUGGUAUAUUACUUCAGACAAUGCAAA